GGCGCAGGACGGACAAAAGCCUCCCUUCACAGUUUCCCUCCCCUCCCUUCCCAAAGCUACUUUCCCACAAACCCAAACCAAAACAGCUUGCGUCCUCCAUUUCUUUUCUCGUUGGCCUUCUUCUUGCUUGCUUACUCGUUCGUUGCUUCUUGAGCCCCUCCGUGCCUUGCCCAAGCCUCUGUGUGUUUUAUAGGCUUGGGAGCUCGCGAUAGGAGUUGGAGGAGACGAAAAGGGGAGUCUGCUUCGUCUUCCUUGAGGAGUCAUGUUCCAUGGCGGCAGGCCGUUGUCCCUCAGGGGGUCUCUCAAGGCCCUUGAAGCUGAUAUCCACCAUGCCAACACCCUAGCGCAUGCUAUACACAGGGCGUAUGGGGGUGCCUGCGUGCAGAUGAGGUUGUCCUACAGCUCCAUGGCUCCAAUCAUCCUCAACCUUAUCCAGUGGAUGGAUUGCAGCUGCUCCUUGUCAUACACCCUCCCUAGUUACCUUGGCCUGCUCGAGGUUCUUGUCUACAAGGUUUAUGUUGAUGAAGAUGCCUCUAUAUCCACCAUAGAAAGGAGAGCAAGCCUGAAGGAAUUCUAUGCUAUCAUAUACCCGUUCUUACAACAGCUUGAGGGCAACUUGAUGGACAAGGACUGCAAGGAGAAAGGGUGGUGUAAGGAGUCCGGCGGCGGCCGGAAGCUUGUCGCCGAUGAUGACAGGGAGGAUGAGUGUGGCAUUUGCUUGGAGACCUGCACCAAGAUGGUCCUUCCAAAUUGCAACCAUGCCAUGUGCAUCAACUGUUACCGAGACUGGUAUACAAGAUCCCAGUCAUGCCCAUUCUGCCGUGGAAGCCUCAAGAGAGUUCAAUCCCGAGACCUCUGGGUGCUCACCAGUGACGAUGAUGUGAUUGACACGGUGACCUUGGAGAAGGAGAACGUGAAGCACUUCCUCAGCUUCAUCGAUAGCCUGCCUCUGAUAGUCCCCGAUAACAUGUUGUUGGUCUACUACGACUACCUAGUCUAACAAAGCUCCCCUCUGAAAUUCUGAAAGAGGAGAGAGAUCUGGGACGAAGCGCUGUACAAGCAGGCAAGGGUUUCCGGCAGCCGACCAUCCUCUGCGGAUCGAGUUGGCAAGUGAAGCCGUUGCUGAAGAAACUCUGGUAUGCCAUGCCGAUGCACUGGCCUUGCGUGAUGGCAUUGUUCGUUGUAAUAAUUGUAAAGAAGAAAAAUGUCUCGAGUUUUACUAGCUUGACAUUUCUCCUCUGGCAAAUUGCCGGAUUAUUCAGAAUGAACAGAAUGGGGGCCUGGAUGUUUCAUGAGUCAA